GAGAAACUUUCAUCUGCUGCUAGCGACACAACUAGUCUACGUAGUCAUAUGCCAAAAUGCCAGAUCGUACGAUACGAGCGAAUGGGUACCUAUCACUCAAAAAACAAAUGGAGAAUCCGUUUCCAAAAGAGCGACUGGGCGAGUCCUAAACCUGGAUGCUUCCGCACAGAAUUUUUUUCCAGAGGAGGAAUAUCGGUUUAAAAAACGUCGACCCAACUCUCAACAGCACAUAAAACAGAAGGAUAGAUUCAACGCCCCUAAAUAUGAAAGCAGUUAUAAAUUCGAGGAAACACAACCAGUACAACAAAAUGGUGUGCGGUAUUUUGGAAACCAAGACAUCAAACUACCAAACUACGAACAGCCUCCCCCCAUGAAUCCUUAUCGUCCACCCCCAAAGCAGCAAUUCACUCAAAAUGCUCAGUCAGGUGGACUGAACACCAGAGAAACUCCAAACUUAUAUGAACAGUCCAACAUACCCCUUAAUGCAAGUAGUUUGUACCAAUCUCUCAAUCCUGGAUCGAUUAAUCAAGAACUCGGAGCAUUUCAGUUUUUGCAGAAUGUUAGAGACGUUUCAAAUGUCCAAAAUACUCAGCAACACAUGAUCAAGGGUACUCUUUCGCCGAAAACACAGAAAGGAGAAGUACAACUGGUGUAUGUACCUUUGGAAAACUUGAAGCCUAAUCAACCAAUUACACAAGAUUCACAAACUGUUUACAAACAGAUUCACCCCCAAAGAUACGACACUAUAAUUCCCAACCAGCAAGUUCGACUUGAAGCAAUAGAAAAUGACUUCAUCCAACAAGCACUUCAGGCUCAAAGACUCCAACAGCAAAUACAGGAAGGUCAACCCAUUUUUCUGCAACCAACACCAAUACCAACACAAACACCAACGAAGAAACGCAAAGCUCAUCAGCCACCCCUCUCUGUCUACAUUGAAGGUGUGAAACAAGCCGAUGUUGGAGAUGUUUUAGAUGUUCUGAAAGACGCCAAAUCUAUAGCUGUGCAAGACAGUAUUCAGGCAGACUCUCCCCAGAUAUUCAUUGGUCCAUCAUCGUUGAGUCCUCCAGAUGGAUACACGAAAUUUCCAUUACCCUAUUUGAAUAAUAUCAAUGGUAAUAGGGUUGAGAGGAAAAUUGACCACCUGCCAUUCUUCGUUGCUCCUCUUAGCUUCAAAACUCCGCCUGGUUUCUCCAAAAUACCUCUGCCAUCUCCCCAUGUAGGUUCCGUGGUGAUCUCUAAUAAAGAAGACCUACAUGGAAAAAGAUCGACUCCAAAGCAACACCACAUAUCCCAAAAUAAGAGGGGACAGAUAACCUCUUCUAGUACAAACACUCCACUAGUGGACAAUGUAACACCUCAGGCAUAUUUUGGUCAAAACUUUUAUAAUGAAGGACAUUUUCUAGCGCCUAAACCUGAAUUGUUACAUUUUACACUAGAUGAUAUUGGGGACUACCGAAUACCCUCUUCUACAUAUUCGCCAGAAUCAUUCUUUGCUCAGUAUAAUUCUGAGUCAAAAAAUCCACCAACAGGAAUGACAAAGUAUGAUUUGGAUAGAGAAUUAUCUUCAAUAGGUCGACUAGCAACAACAAUUCGUCACACAGUUGGUCAAAAAAACGAAAUAGAAUCAACUACUAGGAAUUCGAUAGAAGGACAGCUAUUUCCAGCAGACGUACAACAGAUUAAAUUACCCCCAGAAACAAAGCCCUAUUCAGAUAAUCAUUAUUUCGAUGAAAUACCAUCCAGAAACCAGCAAGUUUACCAAACUCCGACACAUUCAGCUGACCACGAAAACAAAAUAAAGCAUUUUUCAAAAUCAAACCACAAAACACGAUAUGAACCAAUUGCUACAACUCUGGAUUCUAGUUAUAAUAGUGAAGAUUCAGAAAGUCCACUAGUCAAAAUUGAACCAAAAGUUACCAGUCCCAGUCCAAUUGCACAUGUUUCUGAUGUAUACACAGAAUCAGAUCGAAAUACCCCAAAAGUUCCAGACGUGAGUCCACUUGAAUUAGCAAUAAAUGAGUUCGAACUGUACCAAAUCAACUCUCAACUUCAAGAAAAACCUAGGCCGAAAAGUCAAUACAACCCCGUUUUCCAGUUGAAGUCCAAUACUCGAAAUCAACAUCAAGAAAAUAGAAAUCACUACCAACAAUCAAAAACUGAAAAACCGGAAUAUAAAUUUGAUCCUGAACUCCACCGAUUCGCUAGUACUCCAGCUUCGAUUCUGAGGGACAGUUACGAUGAAACAACAGUACGACCAGCGAAUAAAUCGAGGAGAAGGGGGCGGCCAACUAAGCCUACAACAACAACAACAACAUCCCGACCAGAAAAGAAUAGUUAUACAGUAUUAGAGGAGUUCACCGCAAGACAGCCUUCAAACGCAGAUUAUUCCAAAAUAACAGGGCAUUCCCAAGCACAUGAUCAGUUCAGGACACCUGAAUAUUCCAAAGAAUCUGAAUAUUCUAGAGAAUCAGAGUUCACCGCGAUGAAGUCUUCAACUCCAGAGUAUUCUAGUGGAACACAAGAUUCUCAUUUACCUAGCCAAUCUAAAACAUCCGAAUAUCCCAGAAAUCCUGAAUAUUCUAGAGGACCAACGUUUACUGCAAGAGAGCCUUCAAAACCAGAGUAUUCUACAGAAACUGAAGAAUAUCGAACACCUGAACAACCUAGAACACCUGAAUUCUCCAAAGAACUAGAGUAUUCUAAAGGAUCGGUGUUCCCAGCAAGAAACCCUCCAAUUUCUCAAUUUUCAAGAGAACCUGGAUUUUCUCGAACUCCUGAGCAGACUAGAGCAUCUCAAUAUUCCAAAGAACCUGAAUAUUCUAGAUUACCUGAAUUUUCUAGGGCACCCGGCAUUCAGUAUGCAACCGAAAUUGAAGAAGUACCGGCCCACGUUCGCGUUUUGACAACACCUACACCUACUCGUGGUACUACGACUAAUUCACAAUACCAACCUCAAAGAGAUGAAGUUGAAGCAAUACCAGCAAGAGUAUACAGUUUGAAUGUGAAUGAUAAUCACCAAGUGUACAAUGGAGGGGUAUUAUCACAAAACCAACAUCUCGAUCAGACAUUGAUGGAUCAACAAAUCCUCAAGGGUACAGUCAGACAAGAACGCCCUCAGUAUGAUGCCAACUCUAAUCCUAAUCACUAUAGUGAACAGGCAGAUAUUCAGCCUCUGGUACAUAACAGAGGACAAGGUCUUAACUAUCUUGAGAAUAUCAAUGAGAAUAGAGAUUCCAAUCAAGUUUUUGGAUAUGAUAUCAGUCUGGAAGAUCCUUCUGUUCGAUCGCUGCUGAAGCCGAACUUGUUGGUUCCAACAACUACAGAUGAGGCGUCGUACUCAGCUCCAAAAUAUCUACCGACGACAGAGGAAAUUUCAUCGACCUCUACUACUACUACUACUACAACUACUACUACAGAGAAAUAUCAGGAGACUACGACUAGAGGGCGUGGUAGGGGUAGGCAGAGAGGUGGAAGCAGAUAUGACUCGCAAACCACCAGAAGGACCGUUUCUAGGAGAAGGCCAACACAUUCUCAACGUACCACUACUGAGAGCUAUUCGGCAGAGACUGGUGGCACCAGGAAAGUAAAUUCUAGACAGAGGUUCAGAACAAGAGGUCGUGUAACUCCAAACGCUAUUACAGAGCGGUUGUCAACAACAGAAAAUGAGAUACACAACAGUCCAACAUCAGAAGCUGCUGUACAAAUUGCAACUCACCCAACUGGACCACAAUCUUAUACGAAUUACGAAAAAAGUGUUGACUAUAAACCUAACGUCGAAAUCAGCGAAAAUCAGCAUACACUAGAUGCGUUCUCUCGUCGUCCUAUUGUAGAGUAUGAAAACACUGCAACCACUUCAACCCCUAUAAUAGAUUAUAAAAUUUCGCACAAAGAACUUCAUCAAAAUCAUGUAAACCAAGCUGCAACUCAACACCAUACCGAAACACAACCUGAAGUUGUUUAUAAAAAAGAAGAAGAAAUUCCAAGAGAAACAGUAAGAGUGCGGGGAAGAAUCAGAGGCAGGCCAAAACCAACAAUCAUCACUUCUACUACUGAACCCAUAACGACUAAAAGGACAACAACGCCGACACAAGUUGAAACCGAAAAAGAAGAAGAGUUUUAUGGAUUCUUCAGGCAACCAAACUUCAGCUCCCAACCGGCGUUCUCAGCUGAAGAAACAAUAACUACAGAGAAGCCCAGAUUCCACCAUGACAAUUAUAACAGUGAAAAUAGCCUUGCUCCUAGACAGUUCGAUAAUACAAAUCUUGACUCGACCACUCUACGGUUUGUUGGGGAAAUUGUACCAAAAUACCAAACCACCAGUAGAGAGGUACAAGUAGAACCAGAAACCGAGGCACCUAGACCAAGGAUAAGGGGACGAAUAAAGGCUCCUCAAAGAACUAGCCAUAGAGGAUCGUACGAAGACUCUAGAUCUCAAGAACAAUCAACUAGGCGAACAAACGUUAUCAGAUCUCGAGGUAGAACUCAGUUUCAGCUUCCAGAUAGUUUGAGAAAAGAAAAGGAUGAAGAUGAUGUAGUAGGAGGUAAUUAUCCACCAUCAUUUUUCCAGAACAAACAACAGUAUACGACUCGGGCUCCAACUUUUCAAAUAACCGUAGAUCCUUACGGUGAAGAAGAAUCCGAUCAAGCUCCACAUCCGUCCAUAUUUAGACCCAAUGUUGUAAGACCCGACGAAUGGCAUGAUGCAUCUCAAUAUGAUGCAGGUGAUAAAGGACAAACCUUGGGAAACGUACUUGAAACUGAGAAUAACCAACCAGAGGAAAACACGCAAGUAACGACUUCAGCUCAACCUAUAGCGCUACCGAUAAAAGCCAGUACCGAAGACACUACAACAGCAACCAGGGAAGAGACCUAUAGAGAAAAUAUCAAAGCCGCAGAGAAAAUUUUCGAAACUAUCAACAACAACUUUGAUAAAGUGGAUGAAACUACAAAGAAGCAACUACAACAGAAGAGACGUAGGAAAGGUGUAUGGAAGUUGGUAAAGCAGCGCCCUGUGGAUCAUUUAGCAGCAGCCGAGUCACAAAAUUACUACUCCGUUCUCAACUCCUACCAGGAACUUCAACGAACUAACGCCAAAAAUGGUAUCUAUCAAGAUGACAAAUCAUCGAGUGGUUUCAAAAAUUAUCAGAAUUCAGAUUAUCAGGAAAAUUCUCAAGACGGAACUAUUCCUGACACUACAACUGCUGUAGCAGAAAAGGAUAAAACUGCGACUGAUGCUCCAUCUGACGACACUAGCACUGUGUUAACAACGGAAGGAGCUGAACAAGAAAUAGAUAUUACAACACGCAUUCCUAUAGAGACAAAUAACCUGUCCAACACUUCGGUCCCUGAAGAGGGAAGUUUCUUCGACACAAUAUACGAAAUGUUUGGCAUAUCAAGUAAAGAAAAGACAGCAUCACUUACAACUAUACACUCUGAGGCGGAAGAAGAAGAAGUUACUACCUCAUCUACAACAAAUGUCUCUCCUACAUUUCCUGAAGAAAUGACAGAGACCCCGACAAGUACUGACACUCAAAACGUCACAGACAUACUUGUAGACACAACGACUGAUCAAGAGGUCACAACAACUACUAAACCCGAUUUGAAAAACUUUGAAGUUGAACCUUGGGAAAUGAAAGCUGUGCGUACUUCAACGUCCACCGAGAUUUCACAUGAAACUGAAAUUUGCUACAAGGGUAAAUGUGUCAAGUCCCGUGACAAGAAAAAGAGGUUAUAGAAGUGUUUCAAAUGUGUGAGUGUGUCUGUGUUUUUUUUGUAAAUAUAGGUAAGAGUGAGAUGUACAAGCUCCCACAAUUUCUGUUGUGAGAGAAUUUUCAACUGAGACUAUUUAUUAUUAAUUGAUUAUAAUUUCGAAUAUUUUUGAACGAGAAUUGAAUGAAUUAACAUUUUCCAUCCAUCUGUUGAUAUCGUCCAAAUUUGUUCAGUUUUCGAUCGUGUGUAAAAAUACAUAUUAUUUUAUUAAA